AGGGGCGGUUGAGAAGUCUUGGCCGGACUUUGCUUCUCGCCAGGAAACCGGCGGCGGUGAGUCCCGGCGGAGCGGAGCCGGGCGGCGUCCCCGUCAGCGCUCCCGCGGGGAGCCCGCCGCUUUCCCUGAUUACACACAUACUCCCGACUGUGGGACCCAUGAGCCUACUGGCACUGCCGACUCACAAUGGGAACAGCCAGUGAUGAGAUGGCGCCCGUGGAGCAGGCCUCCUCUUCCUCCUCCCUGGACCCCCUGUGUUUUGAGUGCGGCCAGCAGCACUGGGCAAGAGAAAACCACCUGUACAACUACCAGGGAGAAGUGGACGAUGACCUGGUCUGCCACAUCUGCCUUCAGCCCCUGCUGCAGCCGCUCGACACGCCCUGCGGACACACGUUCUGCCACAAGUGCCUCAGAAACUUCCUACAAGACAAAGAUUUCUGUCCCCUGGACCGCAAGAGACUUCAUUUCAAGCUGUGUAAGAAAUCCAGCAUCCUGGUCCAUAAACUCCUAGACAAAUUACUGGUUCUGUGUCCGUUUUCUUCCGUGUGCCAAGAUGUGAUGCAACGCUGUGACCUAGAGGCACACCUUAAAAACAGGUGUCCUGGAGCCUCGUACCGGAGAGUUGAUCUAGAGAGAAGGAAAAGUACUCCAACACAGAUUGAAGGUGAAACCAGAUCCACCGGACUGGGUCCUCCUGGCACCUCCUCCCCAGACUGCUUGGGCACUGUGCCUGCUGAGCGGAACUUGACACCUGCACCUCUCCCUGUGUGGCCCGAGGAGCCUGGCCUGGACAACCCUGCCUUCGAGGAGAGCGCUGCAGCCGACCCUGUACAACAGCCACUCAGUUUACCAGAAGGGGAGAUCACCACCAUCGAGAUCCUCCGCUCUAACCCAUACAUCCAGUUAGGAAUCAGCAUUGUGGGCGGCAAUGAGACACCACUGAUCAACAUCGUCAUCCAGGAAGUCUACCGGGAUGGGGUCAUCGCCAGAGACGGAAGGCUCCUUGCUGGAGACCAGAUUCUCCAGGUCAACAACUAUGAUAUCAGCAAUGUGUCCCAUAACUAUGCCCGGGCUGUGCUUUCCCAGCCCUGCAACACGCUGCACCUCACCGUGCUGCGGGAGAGGCGCUUCGGCAGCCGAGCCAACAGCCAUGCAGACGGCAGUGCCCCUCGGGACGAGGUCUUCCAAGUGAUGCUUCACAAACGCGACUCAGCAGAGCAGCUGGGGAUUAAAUUAGUCCGCAGGACAGAUGAGCCAGGCGUUUUUAUUCUAGACCUUCUGGAAGGGGGGCUGGCAGCGCAGGAUGGCAGGCUCAACAGCAAUGACCGGGUACUGGCCAUCAAUGGACACGACCUGAAGCACGGGACCCCGGAGCUCGCUGCCCAGAUCAUUCAGGCCAGUGGAGAGAGAGUGAAUUUGACAAUUGCCAGACCGGGGAAGUCCCAGCCUAGCAAUGGUACCCGUGAAGCAGGAGCACACAGCGUCAGCCAGCAGCAUGCAGAGCCACCCGCUCAUAGCCGGCCAAGCUCACACAAGGACCUCACUCAGUGUGUCACAUGCCAGGAGAAGCAUAUCACUGUACAGAAGGAGCCACAUGAGUCCCUUGGGAUGACGGUUGCUGGUGGCAGAGGGAGUAAGAGUGGUGAGCUGCCCAUCUUCGUGACCAGUGUGCCACCCCAUGGCUGCCUCGCCCGAGACGGCAGAAUCAAGAGAGGUGAUGUGUUGCUGAAUAUUAACGGCAUCGACCUGACCAGUCUAAGUCACAGCGAGGCUGUGGCCAUGCUGAAAGCCAGUGCUGCAUCUCCGGCCGUCAUCCUCAAAGCCCUGGAAGUCCAGAUUGUGGAGGAGACAGCCCAGACCUCAGAGGAGCAGCCAGGUGCUUUCAGUGAGAAUGAGUACGACGCCAGCUGGUCCCCGUCCUGGAUCAUGUGGCUCGGGCUGCCAAGUGCCCUUCACAGCUGCCAUGAUAUAGUCCUACGAAGAAGCUGCUUGGGAAGCUGGGGCUUCAGUAUUGUGGGCGGCUAUGAAGAGAACCACACCAAUCAGCCGUUCUUCAUUAAAACCAUCGUCUUAGGAACCCCUGCUUACUACGAUGGGAGACUGAAAUGUGGAGACAUGAUUGUAGCCGUAAACGGCCUGUCGACUGUGGGCAUGAGCCACUCUGCUCUGGUGCCCAUGUUGAAGGAACAAAGGAGCAAGGUCACUCUGACAGUCAUCUGCUGGCCUGGCAGCCUCGUAUAGAGCGGGACGCUGCUUCCCAGUCUUGCUUCCUCCUGCAGCCUCCUGAGAAGCCCCUCUGCUGUGGUGUUUCUCACACAGGGCCCAAGCACUAAAGUCACCUGUUUCUUCUGUGUGCAGAAAUCAGCUCCCGAGCGCCGGGAGCUUGUAUUUCAGAUGCAUUCGGUGGCCGCUGUCUGUGGCAGGGCCAGGAGCCAGUCAAGACUGUCACCCAGCAGGAUGGAAGCGGAUUCCCCGCCUGCAGAAGCUUGGUCAUUGGCAACAGAAGGCAGCAUUUGCAGCAUCCCUGCCCGUCAGCAGUGCUAGGAGUGGCCCCUUUUCAGGUUUCACUCAUUCCCAUUGGUGCCAACAUUUCAGAACUCUUUGUACCAUUUAUAAAGUGACUUUGGGGUUGUUUCUCCUUCGGUGUUCAGUACUUAAGUGAAGACAUGAAUCCGAUACCACUGGCGAGAUUUCUUUUUAAAUAAUGUACUGUGGUUAGAACAGUGGAGAAUCAAAAAUAAUGCUAUUCAGGGACAUUGCGGCCUGGGAGGUGACUGUCCCAGGGCUGGCAAAGCUGUGUGGGCUGGAAUGGCCCAGCAGCACGAAGAUUCUUUCCCAAAGGAAUGCUUUGUUACGUACGUAGGAAAAGUUUGAAGAUGUUCUUCUAAAAAGUCGUAUCUAGAGUUUAUAUUUAUCAGCAAUCUUGUCUGGAGAUGUUUUGUGAUUUAUGCAAUUGAACCAGGUGAUUAAAAACCAUUACUGUGUUAGAUACACACAUACACACACAACACACAUCACAGCUAAGUUGAAGGGGAGCCUUUGAUUUGGUUCCUGUGUGUUUUAGAAGUCCUUAGUUUUCCCCAAGAGACCAAAAAACUCUGUUUUUGUUUUUUAUCUGAAAUAGUAGAUUUUAGGUGUUAAUAUCUUUAGCUGUUGGUCACUAAACUUACCUUUUCUUUUCUUUUUUUAUGUUUUCCUUUAUUCAACACAGUCAUCCCUUAGAAGGCAUAAUGAGAAAGUAAAUAAGAGGAAAAUAUCUUUAUAAAUGGCAUUGAUAAUCAGAAUAUGGACUGCUGCAUGGUGCUGGGGUGAGCGCGCAUUCUUCACAGUACAUCGCUGGCCUUUAUAUCCAUAUCACUGAUUAUUCCACUUAAAUUUAUAUUUUAAAGAAAUCUCUUUGUGAUAAGGCACCAGUAGUUACUACUGGCUGGUUCACCUCUUAGCUCCCCUCGGUCACCAUGCAGCCAGCCCACCCGGGAGGGAUGCCCCGGGUAGCAGGGACAACCGCCUGUGGAGCAAUUGGAUACUGAAGUGCAAUUGAAACAAUUUCCUGCUCCCCAAACACAGUUUUGUAAUCAACCUUGCUACUUUUUAAAGACUUUGUAAAAUCUGUCAUUUCUCUGGGGAGUGGCAUCCCAACAAUGUCAUAACUGCCACUUUGUUAUAUAUAAAAGUAUG